GGUUUAGUGUUUGAUGAUGUUGUUAGAGUUUAUACCGAUUUGGAGGAUCGCCUGUUUUAGGUCAUGAAGGUGGGUCUUCAAAGUUUCAGCGUUUAUCAGAACGGAUAAAACGCCUGGUUUGCCGGUUGAAUGUCGACUUUUGCUUUAUAUUAAUAUGUUAUACCUUCAAUUGAAAUCACAUUGUUAGAUGAUAUGAGCUUAGUAACAUUAACCCAUCUUAACGUCAAGUGAAAUCUUCAAACUCAACUCAAGCCCUGUUUUUGGUAUCUUUUUUCAUCAAAUAUUCCACCUUUUUACUGGACAACAACCACCAUGUUAUUUACAUUUGUUUUCACCCUUUUAGUAACAAUAUCAGGUUUCCAAUGCCAACGCCAAGGACCUCAGUUUAACUUUCCCGGUAAUAAUGGAUCACCUGGUUCACAAAAUUUUCAACCCUUCUCACCACCGGCUGCUCCAGCUUCAACACCGAGGGAACAAAACUCAGCUCCAGCCAAUGUACCCGCUCCACCACGACCCAUUCCAGCGGUCAACUUUGUCUGCCCUGAAAAGACUGGAUUCUUUCCACACUCCAAAAGCUGUGAUAAAUAUUAUGCCUGUGAAAAUGGUACCGCUACCUUGAAAACCUGUGGAAAUGGUUUAGUUUUUGAUGAUGCUGAUUACAUGAGGGAAAACUGUGCCUAUCCAUUCUCUGUUGACUGUGGUCAACGUACAGACAUGGAACCACCCAUAAGUACACCCAAUUGUCCACGAUUAUAUGGUAUCUUCCCUCAUUCAACCAACUGCAAAGUAUUUUACUCAUGUUGGAAUGGUGAAGCCAAUAGGUAUGACUGUCCACCCGGAUUGGCAUACGAUGAUGAACAGCGUGUUUGUGUUUGGGCCGAUUUAGUUAAUCGAUGUGAUAAAGCAACUUUAACUGAUGGUUUCGUUUGCGCAGAAGGCGGUGAAAGUGACCAACCUGGACAUUAUACUCGCCAUCCUCAUCCAACCGACUGUCGCAAAUUUUACGUUUGCAUUGAUGGUGUUGCUCGUGCUUAUGGUUGCUCAUUCGGAACCGUUUUCAAUACUGAUACACUUCAAUGUGAUGAACCUGAAAACGUUCAAGGAUGUGAAAAAUAUUACGGUGAUAUUGACCCAAAGACAGCCAAGAAGCUCAAAGGACAAAAUUAGUUUACUAAUUUCAAGAAGAAGAAACAAUUCUCAAGCCAUCUCAUGAUAAUCAUUUAAUAAUCCAUUUUUUUUAUUUUAAAGAAAAUCAAUUAAUCAAUUAUGUUAAUUAUCCUCUGAUCCUUCUUUUUUGUGUCCAUUGUCAAACAAAAUCUUUGAUGUAAAGGAAAAAUACUCACCAGAUGAAAUUA